AUGUUCAAAGAGCCGCGAGUUAAACGAACAGAUCUGGAUUCGCCGAAAUCCAAUUGUGACUUUCAAAUUAUUCCAAAUCGUUCGGAAAUGUUACCAACAACAACGACAGCGACAGCAUCAAUUACGAGCAAACCGAAUCAUACGACAAUUCCCUUGUUAAAUGUACAAAAACUAACGCGCAUGCCGUCAAAUCUAACCAUUGAACGGUGCUGUUUUCUUUUAAUUCAUGUUCUUUUUUAUGCUAUUAUUCUUACUAUUGUUUAUAUAAGACUUGAACGAUUUACUGAUAAACAAGAGAAAAUGCUCCUUCAGUUUCGUCUGAAUGAUAAUUUAACUCUUCAUCAAGAACUUCAUCGUCAUCUACUUAAUUACAAUCAUUCACAUUCAGAGAACAAUGUGGAUUGCUCCCAUCAACUUCCUCCACAUCCGAGACGCAAUCGCACGACACGCUGCUUACAAAUACGUGUUGGAUUAACUGAACUGAUCGAGAAUAUUUUUUGUCCAAAUGAUGAAUAUCCUCAGUGGUUGAUUAUACAGAAUCGUGAAACCAAUUCGAUCGAUUUCAAUCGAACAUGGAUUGAAUAUCGACGAGGUUUUGGAAAUACUCGUAAUCGAACUGAUUUUUGGAUUGGCAACGAGAAUCUUCAUUGGUUAUCUACAACGUACGCGUGUCGAUUGAAAAUUGAACUAACCGAUUGGUAUAAUGAGACUCGAACAGCGACCUAUGAAAUGUUUCGAAUUGCGAAUCAGCAAGAUGGUUAUCGAAUACAGAUUGCUGAAUAUCAUGGAGAUAUAGAAAGUUCAAACAAAAUCGACAUAAAUAGUAGAUAA